UGUUACUUACGUGGAAUGUUGAUAAUUUUUACAUGAUUAGUCGUGCAGUAUAUAUUAGUGUCCAGCAUAUGCUAGCGACGAUGACAACUAGCAGAAAGCGAAAGUAGAACACUCUCAUUUCUCAACUUUCCGAAAAAUGUCUUCUAAUUUUGACGAAGUAUUGGGUCUGCUGCUAUGAAAUGGCUCUCUUUGGGACAUCUACAAAUCGAAGGUGACCUGAAGGUAUACAACUAAUAAAAAAGGAUGGCAAUGGUUGAGGGUGAAGGCUCUAUAGGGAGGACAACUGACGUCCAGCCCUGGGACAUUAUCAGACAUGACCUCAUUGGAGAGUUUGACUCCAGUCCUGAUGUCUUCAAUAGUGUCCUUCAGUAUUCACAAAGCUAUCUCGCUGGUGGAAAUCAGCCUCAAAAUGGAAGAGAAUACUUUGAAAGGCUUGAGAACAAUAUGCUUCCAACAGAUAUGUUAGAUUUUCUGAUUGUGGUGAUGGAACAGCUACAGUUACAUGUAGACCUUGGGACAGUGUCAGUGCCUGGAGUCCUUCGGCAAUUCAAAGAAAAUCUGCAGGUGUACAGGAAAGCUGAGAUGGAGGAUGAACAAAGUGAUAGAAACUUUGUUGGCAGAAAGAAGUACAUCGAUGAAAUUAGAAAUUUGUUUGAGGGGGACAAUAGAAUCUUCAAAGGUGUUUGUAUCUGUGGUAUGGGAGGACUAGGGAAGACAACCCUGGCAAGUCACAUCUGUAGACUCUUAAAACCUCGAUGGAAAAUCAUCACUGUGGAUCUGAGGGAAGUGACCUUGUUAAAAGAUCUACUGAGGGAGAUUUUUAUAAAACUCGGCUGUCCAGGAUUCAUUCAAGAAUCUGAAGAAGAUAUUCUAGACCAGAUAAUCCAGUUUCUCUUGGAGAAGGACAGAAUAAAACAAAGGAGCAUUCUAAUGCUGGACAAUAUUGAGGAUAUCAUUAAUAAUGAGGGCACAGACAGGUUCAAGGAGGGAUUUCUAUCCAAGUUUGGUGAACUCCUGCAGGAAGAUGACGAUUACAAAAUGCGUUUGCUGUUGACAUCCCGUGUGAAGCUGUCAAAGCUGGUCAAGGGAAGGACUGGCAAUAGGUCCUUACCAUCGCGACAGGACAGUGGUAUUGGUGUGAUAUUGGAAAAAGAAUUGUCUCCCAUGGAACCAAGUGAUGCUCAUGAACUCUUUAGAAGAUCUAUUUGUGGGAAAAAAGUAGAAAGCUCAAAGAUAGAGAAGAUAUUGAAGCUUUGUGGAUAUAGCCCUUUGGCCAUAACUACAUUAUGUGGUUCAAUUCGCUAUGGUCUCCUCAACCCAUAUACCAUCAUUGAAAACCUGAAACCAGAAUCACGGUUCGGGUCUAUAGAAGAGACUGCUGCUGUCACCCAGUGCCUAGAAAAGACUUUUGAUUUACUUGGAGACAAAGAAAAACAGUAUCUGGUUCGACUGUCCAUAUUUCACACUGCUUCAUUUGACCUAGAAGCAGCUGCAACUGUCCUUGGUGAAACCAGUUUGCGGGGCGAACAAACAUCACUGAAAUUAUUUAACCUGCGAUCUCGACAUCUUCUAGAGUCAACUGAAGCUUCUUAUUCUGAUCAUCCUGGGAGAGUGGAGACCAGAUUUUCUCUUCAUCCUCUUGUAUUUCAUCUCUUAAAGAGUAAAGCACAGUCUCAACCUUUCCUUCAAGCCAUGAAGAUUGCUAAAUAUAAGUUUGUACAACAUUUUCGAAGGGUCGUUUGUAAGAUUGCAGAGGAAAUGGAGAUAAACUGUUUGCAAGGUCAAAGGAAAUUAGGAAUUGACCGUGUCCAUGUAUCGAAUUUCUAUGAGAUCUUGGCAGGACCAGAUGCUUCUGAAACAACGGACAACUUCCAAACUAUAGUGGAGAGUAGAAGAAUUUCUGAAAUAUCCGAUGAACUUCUUUAUGAUGAUACAAGAUGGGGCCUUGUGAAAAACUUUAUCGCUAAAACAAAGGGUAAGGAGACGAGCCAGCUAGAAUAUAUCUUCUGGAGAGUCUACCAGGCCACUAUGGUGAUGGACAUGGAUAGAAAUCAGGAAGCAAAAACCAUAUUGGAAGAUGCUGACGUUUUACUGCACAAAGUAAGAGGAGAGGAAUUUGCAAUGGCUGCUGUCAUUGGCAGUUUCUUCUAUGCUAAAGGCAGGCUUUUCCUCCGAGAAUAUCAAUGUGAAGAAUCAAUUGAAUGCCUUAAACAGGCAUCGCAUAUGUUUAGAAUCAGAGGUAUGAAGAAAGACUAUCAAGCAUACCUGGCUAAGAUUUUCAAUGCUUUGGGUGUGGCUCACCUUAGGCAAAGUGAGGCAAAUUUAGAGAAGGCUCGUGAAUACCAUCAGAGAGCAUUAAAAUUAAUCACAAAAUGUUCCCAAAAAUGGUUCAAUGUUGAAGUUCCUGGGUAUAUACAAAACUUGGGAACAUGUCUGUUCAAAGAAGGCCAAGUUCUUUCUAAAUCUGGAAAAACAGAGGAAGCAAAAUCAAAAUACCAAGAAGCCAUUCAGUACUAUGAUAAUGGAAUAAAACUCAGCUUUCAGAUGAACCUUCACAAACAGGACGGACAUGCUCAGAUUCUUCAUAAUAGAGGGGAAGCACAUGCUGCACUGGAAAAUUUUGAGAAAGCAGAAAAGGAUGUUGAAGAUGCGAUGAUGUUGAGGCGGAAAUUAAUGAGUCCACCGCAUUUACAACUCACAUUGGUUACCUUCAAGAUGGCCAAAGUUCGGUACCAGAAGGCCGUCUGCUUAUUCCAUCGGAAUAAUAGGGUGACAGCAAUCAACACGAUGUUUGAGGCAAAGACACGAUGUGAUGAGGUCGUUGACUUCAUUACUUGGGGAGGUCUACCAAUCACUCACAGAUUGUACCCAGAAGUCAAAGAACUUAUCUUCAAAGUUCUGGUAUCGCUUCAGGAGUGGAAGCAGCUGCAGAAACUUCUGAAAAAAAUUCAGAAAUUUGAAGAUGGAGUUUACCAGAAAGAUAUUGAUAGAAGGCGGAGCAUAAAAACAACGACAAAGCCUCGCUUAACACAGAAUGAGCUGUAUGCUUUGAUAAACUCAAGGGGAGCCACUCUUAUGCCAGCUAAUGCGGGGUCAGAUGAUUCUGACAUCGAGUUGCCGGAAUCCUCUUCUUCCUCAGACGAUGACAGUGAUGAAUACAAUCCACUUAAACAACAGAAGCAGUAUAUGUUGGUUAAGGAUAAAAUCCCAUCUGAUUUGUUUGAUGAAAAACAACGAGUCGUUGAUUUCACCAGUAUCUUGGAUGGGUCCUAUUUUAAAAAUACGCAACCAAUGGAAAAUAUGCCUGAUUCAGGAAUGUCUGUUGAUGUUCCCGAUGUGGAUCUCUCCACGAGGAUGGAAGUAGAUGAAGAAGAUGACACUGAAGACGUUGAAUCGUCAUUAUCAAACAAAAAUGUGUGCUAUGAAGAUUUGGUCACUCAUGAACAUCAAACUGAGCCCAACGAAGAGAAUAUGGAGAGAAAAACACACAAUCCUCCAAUUCGGCGACAAUCAAGUUCUCAAGAAAUGGAUGUAUUUGGUAAACUGGAACUAUUACCACGUCAAAGCAUCGAGAUGCCAGAAGAUAUGAAGAUUUUACAAGACAAUUUGCUUCACAAUGGAGCAGAGAGGCGCAGGGCUUGGCAAGGAUCGAGUAUGGAGUCAGCGUCACUAGAAUACAGCAUGGACAAGGAAGGAAUUAUCUCUGCCACCGAACAACUACAAAAAGUGGAAUUGAGUGUGAAAAAGAGAAAUUUGCUGAAAAUGGGUGAAGCGGAAACCAUUUUGGAAGAAGAUUCUGAUACGGAAGAUAAUGUCCCUGUGGUUGAAAAUACAAAAGAGAUCGAGCAGACAAGGGAGCGAAGGAGAAGGAAGGCAAGAAUCUCACGCCAGACUAGUGUUUCAGACGACACUCCAGUUUUGCAUGCAAAACGCCAAUUCCAAGAAGGAAACUAGAAUGCAACAACUUAUUGUAUGAAUUAAAAUAUCUGCUGUAUCGACAUAAAUGGGGAUCCUACAACACAGCUUGAGACAUUUGUUCGAGUGCCAGUGCGAGUACGUCAGACUUUUUUCUCGAACAUUAGGUGAGUCUAUUGAAUAGUGAUAUAUGUUAUUCUUGCAUGUCAAGACGGCAAUGGAUCACCUCAUUGCAAGAAGAGGAAUAAAAAAACGAGUAUAGAUUUAUUUUCAUUUCAUUAAUUGCUUGAGCUGAAAACGAAGAUAGAAGAAAUGUAACAAGGGAAAUGAAAGUACAUGUGAACAGGGAUUCAAAUCUCGCCAUGGAAAACGGCGAGUGCUCACAAAUUAAAAGCAGUUUUUGCUUUAAAUCUGAGUCUAUCAACAGCUUACAAUUUCUGCUCGCUUUUCUUUAUAAAUCCACAAAAAAAAAAAAAAA